UGUGUCUGUGCUAGCGUUUGUCUGUGGCGAAUAAACUGUGGUCGGCCGUCAAGCGAGUGGGAGUGUUAGCGAGUCUUGGUGGCGAGUAGGUGGCCGAGGACGAAGUGGAGAGUCGCCGCCAGAUCACAAAAGACUUGCACCACCUUCGAAUGCGGGACGCUGGGACAUCCGAGAGCCUACCACGCUACACUGCCUCGUUGAACAGAAGAGAAUGCCAGACAUCGAAAAACCCAACGGAUGACGCACCAAAUUAAAGACGAGCGAUGAACCACACGCACCAAAAUAUAUAAAUAAAUCAAAAAUAUUAAAGUGUUGAUUUGACGCUGAAUUAUAAAUAAGUAAAAAGUUUCAUUAAUGACGAAGAUGUUUCAUGUUAUUCGAGGAUGAGAUGGACAGAUUGAGACCUGAUGGGGUUCGAGGAAGUCUGACCGACCUGCUGACGGAGACAAGGCUAAUCUGCUGGUGGCGAUGCGGAUGAUGCUGAGUCUUUUCCUAGUGGCUGCCAUCCUCGCCCUCCACGCCCAGCACGCGCCCGCCAGUGUCCAGAAAGCCUCCACGUCCUCCAUCCUGUCACAGCGGCCGGGACAAAGCGAUCAGGACCCUCAACCCCUCCUCCCAAGUGUCCUGAGUCCUAAACACGAUGGUGGGGGCGCGUCGCUGGUUACAGCCCUCAGCACACUGGUCACGCGGGAGUUGACAUACUGCAAGCUGGCGGUGUUCGCAGAUCGUGACUACCUCGCCUCCACUGCCCUGCACGCCCUGGCCCGCCUGCCCAACCAAAAGCAGGUGGUGGGCGUGGCCGGCGGCUGGGAGGCGGUGGGCAGGCGGGUGGUGUGGCGGUCGUCGGGCUGCCGCGCUUACAUCUUCCUCCUUCACCACCCUGACGUCCUCCUCACGCUUGCCGACGCCGCACCUGCCCUCUGGGACUACGCCGGCAAGUUCGUGGUGGUCGGACUAACACGGGAGGAACUCGAGGCGCUGACACUCACCCGCAAGGGAAAGAAGACGGAGCACCUUGUGGGCCUAGUGCAGCCUGGCGGGGCCGCUGAGUGGCACGUGUAUGUUAACCAGCUGUACUGGGGCAGCUGGGGCCGAGGUAUGAGGCUGCACGGUGUCUGGAGGAACGGCAGAUUCACCAACCCAUCCUCGCCUUUCUUCGACAAAAUCUCAGAUAUGCAAGGAGCCGUUCUCAAGGUGGUGACGUUCGAGUGGGAGCCGAGCACGCUGUACCUCCGCACUGAGGCAGGCGACGUGCACACGCUGUACGGCCGGGACGUGGAAGUGGUCAAGACACUGGCACGAGUUUUCAAUUUCGAAAUGAAGAUUAUUGAACCUCCUAAUGAUGAACGGUGGGGUCAACUCCUACCCAACGGGUCAUUUGACGGCCUGAUUGGGCUAGUGGGCCGCGGCGAGGCUGACUUCGGCAUGGGCAACUUGUUCGUCAGCGCACUUCAGGGUCGUGACCAGCUCCUAAGCUACACUUCCUCUUUUGAUACGGACGACUCCUGCUUUAUCAUCCGCAUGGAGCCGCCGCUGCCCCGCUGGCACGCCCCCGCUCUGCCCUUUGCUUUCUCCACCUGGCUGAGCAUCCUGGGCAGCCUCCUUGGGAUAGGCCUCAUUUGCAGCCUUGUAGCCUCAGCGGCAUCCAGACAGUGUGAUGGAGACAGUGCAUCAAAAGAUCUGGGUUCACUCUCAUCAGCUUUACUCUUCACCCUGAGCCUCCACCUGCAACACCCUCACCCAGCGUUGCCUCUCCACCCCGCCUCACGCAUCAUGGCGGCCUUCCUGCUCCUGUACACUCUCAUUCUCUCCAAGGCAUACUCCUGCAACCUGACUGCUUUCCUUACCAUAACCAGGCAGCCCACUGGGAUAGAAACUUAUCAAGAACUGUAUGAAUCUCAACUCUAUCUGUAUGAAAAUAGCGACUACAUCAAAGAAUCAUUGGCUGGGGCCCCUAAUGUCUUCCUGAGGGGCCUGGCGGAGAGACACAGGGUGGUAAAGGACCUCAAGCGAGUAAUGUCAGAGGUCGGCAAGGGCAAGGGCGUGUAUGUUGAGAACCGUAGCACCAGAGAGUUCCUGACCAACACCCAACUUGAAGCCAGUGUGACGCGGGUACUGAAGGAAUGCUUUGCGACGUUUAACAUAGCUAUCGGCAUCCAAUCCCACUCCCCACUCAAGCGCCGUUUUGAUGUAGCAAUCAGCAGAAUCGUAGAGAGUGGUUUAGUGCAGUACUGGAAACGAGAGUCUUAUGCUAUAUUCAAAAAGAACAAGAAAGAGAACCGUGUGACGCAGCCCGACAAGAGUCGUGACGGGACACAAACCACCUCCAGAUUGGUGCCUCUCAGCUUUGACCACCUUCAGAGUGCUUUCUACGUCCUGGCCUUCAGCUUAGUUUUAUCAACAAUUGUAUUGAUUUUAGAAAACUCUCAGAAGCGUAUUAAGUAAUCUACAAUAAUAAAGCAAAAAACUGCAAGCAUUCUGUGAA